AUGCCCGCGACUCUGGAUCAGCUACCGAUCAUCGACAUUGCACCUCUGUUAAGCUCUGACCCACUGGAUGCGGACAAACGAGCGGCAACAUCUGCCGCGUUACACUCUGCCUGCGUCGAAUAUGGAUUCUUUUAUCUGAAGAUCGAUGCGUUUGUCGAUCUUUCAGAGCCAGCGGAACUUGCGCUCUUGGGCCGACAGUUCUUUGGACUUCCCCAAGAGGAGAAGGACAAGCUCGCUUUAAAGAAUCAAGACAAUGCACGUGGCUACCAGAAGCUAAAACAGAAUGUGACCAACGGGAAAGCAGACAACCAUGAAGGGCUUGACUUCUACAAGCCGGUCAAGAAUCCCGACAAGGCGAAGCCUGUUUGGGGUGAAAACCAAUGGCCAACGGUCCCCAGCUUCAGAGAGAAAUACGAACACUGGAUAGAGAAAAUGAAGAAGUUGGGCUUGAUCGUAAUGGAGGCAAUGUCAGCUGGCCUUGGAAUGACCCGCGAAGAAUGGACAGAACUUCGUAAUCAAGUGGACGAUAGUUUCUGGGUUAUGCGUGUGAUAGGAUACCCACCGCUUCCAGAUGAUCACGACGGCAUUUCUUGCGGUGCCCACAAGGACUACGGCUGCCUCACGUUCCUGUAUGCAGAUCCCACCCCGGACGCCCUGCAAGUUUUCCUUGACCGCCCUGGAAUGGAGCAAGCAAAUCAGUCUGGACUCCCGGCAGAGCAAGGGAACGAGGCUGGCAUUUGGAUCUCGGCGGAUCCAAUCCCUGGGUGCGUAGUGUGCAACAUUGGGGAGAUGUGGGAGGUAUGGACAAAUGGCUUGUAUCGGUCCACACUCCAUCGCGUGGUGCACAGAGGGUCCAAUUACCGGAUUUCAAUACCGUUCUUCUUUGAGCCCAACUUCGAUGCUUUGGUGAAACCACUGGCGGCCGUCGUGAGGGCUGAAAAGCAGAGUAGCGACCCGAAACAACUAAAGAAGCCAGUUGUUUAUGGUGAAUUUUUGGUGGGCAAGGUGGGGAAUAACUUCUCUGAAGAUGCGAGGGGAAAAUAUGACUAG